AGUUCAUUUUUCGUGACCUAACUAUCGUGUUUCUCUUAGAAAUCUACUCCAGGAAAAUUCAACAUGUCUUCCGCAACUAAGAAGAACAUCCUCAAACUGUAUGAUCGACCAAAGGAAUUCAGUUUUAUGCCGAAAGGAGACAACAAUGCUGUUUUUGAUGUACCCCCAGAGUAUAUUCCCGAGGAAUACAAGAACAUCGCUACUCAAAUCGUCAGCAGAUUUGGGGAAGAAGCCAGCGAAAGAAUCCAAGUGUCUACCAUUUCCAUCCCUCCGCUGGGUGACAUCUUGGAAUUGAGACGAGAUGAAAACUUCUCCCUCUUCAUCCCUAAACACAGAAGGAUCGCUGGACGUCUCAUCAACAUCUAUUUAGGAAUGCGCAGCGUUGAUGAUCUUUUAUCGGUCGCCGUGUACACAAGAGACCGCGUCAACCCUUACCUCUUCAACUACGCCCUGUCGGUGGCCCUUCUCCACCGUCCCGACACCCAAGAUAUGGAUUUGCCGUCGUUCGUCCGCUCCUUCCCUGACAAGUACAUCGACAGCAAGGUGUUCGCCAAGGCGAGAGAAGAGGCGAACGUCGUUCCGGAGGGAUCGAGGAUGCCCAUCGAAAUUCAAAAAGAUUACACAGCAUCUGAUCUGGAAGUCGAACAUCGUCUUGCCUAUUUCCGAGAGGACAUUGCCAUAAAUCUCCACCAUUGGCAUUGGCAUUUGGUAUACCCUUUCGAAGCUGCCAUGGAGAUUGUCAACAAGAACAGAAGAGGAGAGCUCUUCUACUACAUGCAUCAGCAGGUCAUGGCCAGGUACAAUUUCGAACGGCUCUCCAACAAGAUGAAGCGCGUGGAACGCUUCAUCGACUGGACCUCGGAAAUCUCCGAGGCUUAUUUCCCGAAGCUGGACAGCUUGGUGGCCAGCCGGUCCUGGCCAGCCAGGGUGGCCAACCAGAAGCUCAGCAAUCUGAGGAGGGAGACCGAUCAGAUCACCAUCGAUCUGGACGAUAUGGUCAGGUGGCGGGACAGGAUUUACGCUGCCAUCAAUUCGGGGGUCGUCAGAAACGCUCAAGGUCAAGAUAUACCUCUCACUGAAUUCGAAGGGAUCGAUGUAUUGGGAAAUAUAAUCGAAUCAAGUAUUUUGUCGCCCAACAGGGAAUUCUAUGGGGAUAUGCACAACAUGGGACACAUCAUGAUAUCUUACAUUCACGAUCCAGACCACAGACAUCUAGAAUCUUUCGGAGUAAUGGGCGACUCUGCCACUGCAAUGAGAGAUCCAAUUUUCUACAGAUGGCACGCCUACAUUGACGAUAUCUUCCAGAGAUUCAAAUCAACACUUCCGAGAUACACUGUAGCGCAGUUGAACAACCCUGGAAUCACCGUUAACGAAGUCUCCAUCGAGUCAGGCGGCAAACGUAACAACAUCCAAACUUUCUGGCAGCAGUCCGACGUAGACCUAUCCAGAGGCAUGGACUUCCAGCCACGUGGAGCCGUCUUCGUUAGGUUCACGCACCUGCAGCACCAGGAGUUCAACUACAGAAUCGUGGUGAACAACCAGAGUGGCGGUGCUAAGCAGGCAACCUGUAGAAUAUUUAUGGCGCCCAAGUACGACGAGAGGGGCAACCCGUGGUUGUUCAGGGACCAGAAGAACAUGUUCAUCGAGCUGGACAAGUUCAAGGUCAAUUUGAAACAAGGUCCGAACACCAUCACCCAGGCGUCCACCAAGUCCUCGGUCACCAUUCCCUUCGAACGGUCCUUCCGCGACGUGGACACCAACCGGCCGCAAGGCGGGGACGCGCUUGCGCAGUUCAACUUCUGCGGCUGCGGCUGGCCCCAGCACAUGCUGGUGCCCAUGGGCAGCCCCGAGGGCAUGGAGUGCCAGCUGUUCGUCAUGCUUUCUAACUACGACGACGACAGGAUCGAUCAGAGUACAGAAGGAACUUGUAAUGACGCUGAUAGUUUCUGUGGCAUCAAGGACAGACUCUACCCCGACCGGCGUUCCAUGGGUUACCCCUUCGAUAGGCAACCGAGGGACGGUGUCGAUACCCUACAGCAAUUCCUCACCCCCAACAUGAGGGUGCAAGACGUUGUCAUCAAGUUCACCAACAGGGUGUUCAGACCGAGACAGAGGAACUAGAUUGUUACGAUUUGUUGAAAUUGACAUACUUGAUGAAAAUUACAUUUGGAACUGAUUUUUAAUGUAUAGAUUUGAGAAAAUACAUCUUAGUGC